GACGCGCGAGCUGUGGUGUUCAGGAGGUCACCGCGUGGUUUCUCUGACCAAAAAAAAAAAAAAGCAAAGAAAAAAGUCGUGUGGAACCGUUUAGAUUGAGGUAUUAUUUUCAGAGAAAAAAAACGAACGAUCCCAUUGGUUUGUAAGAAGAAUCUGACCAUGCCAAUAGUUGUUCUGCGUUUGCAAGGUUUAAACACAGAGGCAGGAUCUGAAGACAUCCGAAGAUUUUUCCAUGGCUUGCACAUACCUGAGGGUGGUGUUCAUAUUAUCGGUGGCAAGAUGGGUGAAGCUUUCAUCAUUUUUAAUUCAGAGAGAGAAGGCCAACUAGCCAUGCGCUACUCCGGAAAACUCCUCAGAGGCUCUUCUGUUUCAUUACAUAUUAGCAGUCUGGCUGAACUCAAGAGAAAAAUGGAGUCGCGAUUAAAGAAACCAAAGUCCACAGCAGUGGAGACUAAAACAGUGCAAUCAUCCCCACCUGACACCAAUAGAGGUCUUUUGCUUAGUCUAAUGACUGCCAUUCAAGGACUGCAUUCAAAUGAAAAAGUGGAUCAAGGCCAAGUGCUUGAAAAUUUCAACCAAAAUGUUCCAGAAAAUGAUAAAUGGUCCUCAACGGACAACCAAACAUUUAAGGAUGCGCCACAUAGUCUAACUCAUGACAUGGCACCUAAGGAGCAAAAAAGCAGUGGAGAAAACCUCAAUUCCUGUAAGCCAGGCUAUCUUCGGCUUUAUGGAUUUCCUGACUCUGUUUCCAAAGAAGAGAUCUACCAGUUUCUACUGGGACUUCCAGUGUUGGAAGUCAUCACAAAAGUUAGACUGUCACUGGGUUGGUGUUGUCUUGUGAAGCUGAUGAAUUUCACAGAUGCUGAGGAGGGGCUGAAAUACAGCCACAGGAAAUUCAAAGAAUACAAUGUUGAGGUCAGACUUGCCCAUGAAAAGAUGUGGACCGAUGCUGUGGAGCAGUCCAAAAAUUGCAUGCAAAACAUCAAACCUCACACUUUCUCAGAGCGAAGGGAAGUUAACACGGAAAGAAAUGCAAUCAGAGGUUUCUCAACCAAAAGAAGUGCAGAGGAGUCACUCUCUCGUGGAUCUCCAAAAAAAUACAGCAGAAACUUUCCAUCCCCUCAAACAGAACUUUGUGUUAUUGUCAAUAAUCUUUCAAAGAAUAUAACCAAGACCGAGAUCAAGGAUAUUUUUGGCUGUCAUGCAAUCCCAAACUACAGAAUAAAGCAUUUAUUGAAUAAGUGGAGAGAGAGGACAAGCACUGCAUUUAUUACCUUUGAGCAUGCAGAAGACUAUGCCUCAGCUCUUAACAUGAAUGGCACAAAUGUUGGCUUAAAGGACAUUGAAGUGUCAGCCAUUACUAAAGAAGAAAUGCUUGCUAUACUCCGCAAAAACAGAUGUGCUAAUGUCUGGAGGCCACCACUUCAUGGAAAUCCUCAUUCAGCCAUGUCAUGUGUAUAUGCACGCAAUUUUCCUGCAGAUGUAAGAAAAGUAGAGGUGAGAGACUUUUUCAUGCGCUUUAACGUCUGUGAAGAUGCAAUCGUAUUGCUUGUGGACAGCCAGGGAAGUGGUGUCGGGGAAGCCAUCCUGCAGUUUGAAUGUGAGGAAAUCGCCAAACAGGCCCAGAGUCUCCAUGGGAAGCAUUUCAUGGGAGCAAAAAUUCUACUCACUUGUAUCACACGUCAACAGAGGGAGAAGAUACUUGGUACAUGGUGAAUGACUGAAGAAUUGGAAUGUUCUCAGCACUUUGAAACAACAGCAGUAGUGUAAACUCCUGGUGUAAAACGUAAAGGAGGACAACUAAAUCAUUUGAAGAUCCAGUGUAAGCUUUAUCAUUAGCUCUGUGAGCUGUAUAUAAAAGCAAUAUUAUAGGUACAACAAUUGAAGAUGCCCAUUAAGGAUUUUGAGUACCACAUGAAAGGAGUGUACCAAAAAAAAACUGUUUUUUUGUACAGUACAAUGGUUGCCAAACUACAGUAGUCAACAUUUGAAGUGGAUCAAAGUUGUCCUAAUACAAAAACGGGUAUUGUUUUGGUUUUAAGACAACUUGAUGAAAGGUUUUGAUAAACUUCAAAUGUUGACUAGUGUAUUCAGGUCUGCUACAAGUGGAUAAAUAAUACUGGUUUACGUUCACAUUUAAAGUGCAAACUGAAUUACAUUUUGCACUUCUUUCCUUGGUUGUAGCUGCUGAACAUACAGCUUACUGGCUUCCAUUAAAAACAGAUACAUCACA